AUCGCCCGACAGUUUUUUGAACGCAAUCGUUGAUGGCUGCUGCACGUCUUCCUGUCGGCACAUUUCUCCAUUCUCCCUCGUUUUGCUGGCUUUACUGCUUGUACGUUGUACCGGUGAUAGUUUGAGCUAAUUCAAGUGUUUUAACAGUAAUAGUAGCCAAGAAACCCUUUAACGGCUAAGGAAAAAAACUUGGAGAAAAUGGGUAAAGCAAAACCAGGACAAAACAAAGGUAUAAAGAAUGCAAAGCAACAAUUGCAUACAAUAAAAAAUGGAUCAGUAAAAAAAGACAAAAAUCUCAAGUUUAAAAAUACGCCAGCAGGCAAGGUAGCUUUAAUUAAUAACUCAAAAGCACCGAACAAAAAUGUAUCACCGCAGAAAAAUUUCCAGAAAGGUACAGGUAUAAAGAAUAAUCAAAAUUUAUCUAAGAAUAAUGCAAAGCAAUUGAAACAAAAUUCUGCAAAGAAUAAGCAAAGUCCUUCAACUGGAGCACAAAAUAAACCAGCCAAUAAAGAAACUAACCUAACACCCACAAAGGAGUUGGAGGAAGUUGAUGAUUCUGACUCUGAUAUUGAUGAAGAAAUUAUAUUACAAGAGGACGUUAGUCUAAAUGAAACAUUUGAGGAUGAAGAAGAAUCUGAUACUGAUAUCCCAGAUAUCUUUGGACAAAGUUUACAAGAUGAAUCGGAUGAAGACGAUGAGGACUUUGAAGAAGAGGAGGAAGAAGAUGAUUAUGACAAUGAUAUUAAAAGAGAGAUGGUUGAACGUAAAAGUAUAAAAGUACUUAAAGGUGUAAAGCCAAAAGCCAAAGAUAAUGAUGAGAAUAAAAAAUUACAUCAAGUUGCUAUGGAAGAUGAUGAAGACGAUGAUGAUGAUGAAGAUGAGGAAGACGAGAAAAAUGAGAAUUCAGAUUUACGUAUCAUUGAAGAAAAUUUAGAAGAUGAGUCCAAUGAAGAUGAUGAGGACUUUGAAGAAGAGGAGGAGGAAGAGGAUGAUGAUGAUGACGAUGACAGCGAUGAAGAUGACAAUAUUAAAAGAGAAACAUUGGUAUGUAAGGGUGUAAAAAUGUUCAAAGGUGUACAACCGCAAGUUGAGAAUAGCGAAGAAGAUGACGAAGAGGGUGACAAUGAUGAAGAUGAGGAUGAGGAUGAUGAUGACGAUGACAAUGACGAUGAGAACGAGGAUUCAACACUAGGUUUAAAAGCACUUUUAGGAAAUAGUAUCGCGGACGAGGAUGAUGAUGAAGAUUUUAAUGAAGAAGAUGAAGAUGAUGAAGAUGAUGAUAUUAGUGAUGAAGAUGAAGAUGGCGAAGAGAAUGAUAAUGUAGUAAAAAUUACAAAAGAGAAAGGUGCUAAAGCAUCCAAUAGCAAAGAUAUUCCUAAAGAACAAAGACAAGUAAGAGAAGGGGAAAAGAAAUUAUCUUCUGAAGAACAAGAAGAGAUUGAUAAAAGAACUAUCUUCAUUGAUAAUAUUCCAAAAGAGACAAAAGAAACAGAAGUAAGAAAAGUGUUCAGUAAAUUUGGGCCCAUUAAUAAUUUACGUUUUAGAGGUAUCAUUCCCCAAGAUACAAAAAUGUCUAAGAAAGUAGCUGCUAUAACAAAACAGAUUCAUCCAAAAGUAACUACAGUUGUAGUGUAUAUUAAUUACAAGUCCCAAGAAUCUGCCCAAAAGGCACUUAGUAUGAAUGGAAAAAUAUUUGAAGGAAAUUACAUACAUGUCAAAAUAGUUGAUAAACCUGAGAAAAAAGAAUGGGAUAGUAAGAAAGCUGUAUUUAUAGGAAAUUUGAAGUUUGGCAUAGAUAAGAACAUCAUCUGGAAACAUUUUAGUACAUGUGGAGAGAUAGAUUCUGUGCAUUUAGUACGUGAUAAACAAACAGGUCAAACCAAAGGAUUUGGUUAUGUCAAUUUCAAGACUGAAGAUUCUGCAGUCUUGGCUCUAAAGUUAGAUGGUGUCGAGAUUAUGAACCGACCAGUACGGGUAAAAGCAUAUGUAAGUGGCGACAACAAGAAGGGGGAAAAACGAGUUUCUUCAAAUAACAAUGAUGGUAAUCCACGCAAAAAAUUUAAGAAUAAUUUGGAAAAACCUGUAGCAUGUAAAAAUGAAAAUGAAGCAAAUAUUAAAAAGCAUAAAAAAUCACAGAAAAAUAAUGCAAAAUCCGGAGAACAAAAAUUGAUUUCAUUUCUGGGUCAAAAAGCAGAUUCCAAAAAUAAAAAGAAAGAAAAUAAACUGGAUAAGAAGAAGAAGCAAAUGGCAAAAAAGCUUACAGCACAAUCGAAUAAACCAGUAAAAGUUUAAGUCAAUAAUGUUGAGAUGUAUUUUAUAGUUUUUUUUAGAUGCAGUUAUAAGACAUUUUAUAUUCAAAGACAAGAUUUAUAGCGUUCAUUUAAUACAAAAAGAUAUAUAUAUAUAUAUCAGCAUUUUUAUAAAAGAUAUCAAAAUUUUCAGAUAAAAAUUGUGAAUUGGCUCAAAUAUAAAUAACUAUAAUAGCAUGUAUAUAAAUAUAUUCUUUUUCUUUGUAUCAUUAUAAUGUAACUCAUGUCUGUUUAAUAAAUAACAAUAUUUCUUUAAGCA